UGUCUCAGUCAGUACCACAGAUGACACUGCAGUCUCUCCUGAUGACUAUGUGGCCAUUAGUAGUCAGAUAAUACAGUUCAAUGUUGGAGAUACUAGUCACACCCUCACACUCUCUAUUGCCAACGAUGGGAUGUGUGAGACUCAGACCGAAGCUUCUUUGUCAGAUUUCUCUUGUUAGUAGUACUGGAUCCAUCACAAUCUCUCCCUCUCAAGGCAGAGUCUUUAUCCAUCAACCUGAGUGUGCAAUAGUUGUUGGAUUGGAUUCCACUAUUUACACAAUAAGUGAGAGCCAGGGAAUGGUAGAAGUCAGCACUUUUGUACAAAUUCCCUCCGCUGGGGGAGCACCACGACCUUUUUCUCUCUCAGUCAGUACCGAAGAUAAUACUGCAGGAUCUCCGGCUGACUUUGAAGCUUUGAGAAAGUCAUAUUAUUCAAUUCAAUACUGGAGAUACUGUCACACUUCACCCUCACUAUUGCAAAUGAUGGAUAUGUGAGGUUCCAAAUGAAACUUCAUUGUAAACAUUACUGUGGUUGGUGGCAUCCAACCUAUCUCAUUAUUACGCAUCGAGCACAUGUGAUAAUCAAUGAUAUGAAUGAACCAGAGUGUGUUCCAACCGUAUCUUUUUCUUCGGAGACAUAUGUCGCAGCCGAGAGUGCAGGAUCAGUUGAAGUGUGUGUAAUUCUAAACAUUCCUUACAGUUUUGCUCUAGAGUUCACAAUUAUGCUAGAUAUUGAAGUGCGACAGCUGGUGUGGAUUUUGUCAGUGGGAAAUGGAAAACAUACAUACUCCCUGGAUCUACAGACCGCUGCAUUAACAUCACCAUUUUGAAUGAUAACAUUGCGUUGGAAGAAAAAGAAAAUUUUGCAGUGGAAAUAGUGAUGGCUUCUGUGCCAAGCAUAACAUCAACUGCUGAAAUUAUCAUUACUGAUAGUAACGUUGCUACUGUCUCACUUGAAGAGACACUGUACCGAGUGACUGAAGCAGGAGGAAGUGUCCAAGUGUGUGUUAGAGUCGGAAGUCCCAGCAGUGGAUGUCCUAUUGCUUCCGCCUUUGUUGUCAGUCUCUAUACUAAUGAUGAUGAUGCAGAUUCUGUAACUGAUUACUCUGCCGUCUUGGCCACUUUAAGUUUUCAACCUUGUUUCACAUUGCAAUGUGUCACCAUUGCAAUCACUGAUGACUCCAUACCUGAACCUGAUGAGUCCUUCUCGCUCAUUCUGGAGAGAUCACCUGGUCUUGACAGCAGGAUCACUCUAGCUUCCUCCACUGGCAGUGUUCUAAUACUCAAUGAUGAUGAUUUCUUGUGUACUGCUAGUGGUGUUCCUGAAGUUACAGUGAUUGUCUGCACUGGUAAUCAACCUGGGUCUUCUUUGCAGUGUUCUUUUAAUGGAGGACAGCUUCACUCGUGCAAUGCACCAAUGGUACUGACUAGGAUAGUCAGUCCUCCUGGUAAUCAAUCUGUGAGGAUUGUAAGCAGCACUGGAGAAGAAAGUACUGUAUCAUACAGCAUCACUACUGCUGAUCCAGUUACCGCAUUCUUACCACCCUUGGAGAUCAUUCUAAACGGUGGUUCACCUCUUGUGACUGAGAGCUCUGUGGAGGCAGUGUUUGUAACCACCAGACCAGUGACUGGAGUGAGGUGCUUCCUCAGAUAUGACAACAAAAAUGACUACAAAGACUGUUCUUCUGGCAGAGUGUCCUUUACUGACCUGAGCCCUGGAGAGUAUGUUCUGAAGAUCUAUGCCUAUAAUCAACAAAGUGACAGUGCCACUGCUAAGAUAGUGGUCACAAUCUAACUGAAGUGUAGUGAACCUAGACUAGUGUAGUGAACCUAGACUAUAGUGGAAACUGUAGGCUUGUAGUUAUAACUAUUCCUAACGUAAAUGUGUGUUUAUAACUGCCGGCUGAAGUGGC